AUGGCAAGGCAUCAUGAGGAGCGAGUCAAGAAGGCCAAGAAGUAUGCCCGCAUGGAGAAAGUGCGCAAGUUCUUUUGUAGAGGGUCAAAACCUCCUGGUGAGCCACUGGAGGACGAACAACCAGUUAUUGGACAGGUGAUCCUAGUACGUAUGCAUCGGGUGGGGCUGUCUAGGAAAGUUGAAUUUGAAGCGGAGGAGCUCACCCGUUUGUCCGACCGAGCCGUCAUUGCCAUGUUUGAAAAACGUCGUUCAGCACACUAUCACGGCUCGAUAAAAACAGGUCAGCCACCAAACAAGAAGAAAUUGUUCAUCGGGACUCUCCGUGUUAAUGACAGGGCGUAUGGACGACCAGCGGGCACCAACACUGAGUUCAAUGGCUUUUCCUUGACUGCAUUUACUUGCAAAAUUGAUGCGCUCACCAGUGACCCCCGCCGCAGUUCCAAAGACCUAAGGGACCUAGAUCCCUAUGGAUCGCACGUGGGAAAUCUCACGGAAGAUAGGAUCAUGCUGAGUUGCUGGAUAGUUAUAGAGGCAGAGCACCGGCUACAAUAUAAGAUCUUGGAUUUGCUAGAGGAGGUCGCUGAAAAUUCUAAAGGCUGGAAAUUGGGAAAUGGGUGCACUGCAACAAGGGUUGAUCCCAUUUCAGUAAUUAACAUGUUUGUUCACACGGGGUCUAUGCUGCAACUGUAA